GGGGGCGUCAUAUUGAAGUGUGGCGGUGGAUACCAGGAGUCGUUGGCCCACGCCGGUACCCGCAAUGGCAGGCCACUAACCAAGGUCAAGUACGCGAAGGCCGGCACCACAGAGAUCAUCGUGGGCUCUAACAAGUCCAUCUUGGGCAAGAACGGCAAAGGCGUCAUCAAGGGCAAAGGACUUCGCAUCAAGAACGCUCAGAACGUCAUCAUUCGUGACAUCAGCAUCACAGACAUAAACCCGAAAGUCGUCUGGGCAGGCGACGCGCUGGCCUUCGACAACGUGAAGAACGUGUGGGUGCACGGCGUCACCUUCGCGGUAAGGAGACACUUAGGCUAAGGUGCCCAGUUUACUGAAGAUUUGAGCAUA